CACACACACACACACACACACACACCCACCCCUACCUCUGUGAGAAAAGACAGAGAAGGUAGAAACCUGAGCCCCAGGGGCAAAGCUCCCACACGUGAACCUGGCUUGUCCAGUGCUGGGGUCAGGGUGUGCAGGGGUGAGGACUCACAGGGGUAGACCUGCCAAUCGGGGGUGACCAGUGGCCAGCCUGCCCCAGGACUCCUACAGAACUGGCUUCUGCCAAUCCCGGAGUGGUACGAGAUCCCUGCCGAUGUGCCCCCCGCCCCACCACCUGGAGGGAGGCAAUGCCCCAGAGCCCUACAUAGCCGGGUCAGGGGCCAGGCCUGACAGCGGUGAGGGCUGGGGUGCCCCACGUGGAGCGACCACUGCCUCAGGCAUGCCUCCACCUUCAAAGGCCGGGCUGGUGGGGAUGCCUCGUCUCUGCUUCUCUUCCACGGGCAUGAGAGCACCCUGGGCCUGUGGCGACCGAAGCCUCGGGCAGGAGCCUCAGGAAAGACAAUAUGGAGUCAAGGACAAGCCAGGAGUAGUAGGGGGGGAGCACCUUCCCUAGAAGGAGCCAACCCCCAGGGAGUCUGGGCCUAGAGGAUUUCCAAGAGGGCCCAAGGCCCUGGGACAGAGGGGAGAGGCCUCCCAGGUCAGGAGCAACAUGGGGGCCAGACCAGGGCUCAGGUGAGGCGAGGGAGGCACCACAGGGCACCAAAAACUCAGUAAGGACAUCCAUCGACAGAUGAAUGGACACACAAAAUGCGGUGGAUCCGUACAGGGGAACAUUACCAUCAGUAAAAAGGAACAAAGCGCUGACGCGCUGCAGCACGGAUGAACAUUGGAAACGUGCUCGGUGGAAAAAGCAAAAGGACAAACACCACAGGAUUCCACCCGUGGGAAAGACCCAGGCUAUUCAAAUGCACAGAGACGGAAAGUAGAUGGAUGCUUGUCAGAGGCCCAGAGAAGGGGAAAUGGGGGUACGGGGCCUCUUUUGGGGGUGAUGAAAAUGGUCUGGAAUUUUAUAGAGGUGAUGGUUGCACGACCCUGUGAAUAUACUUAAAAACAAUGACAUGUACACCCUGAAAUGGUCAACUUUACAGCAUAUGAAUUAUAUCUCAAUGAAGCUGUCAAAAACAAACUUGGGGGCUUCCCUGGUGGCGCAGUGGUUGAGAGUCCGCCUGGCGAUGCAGGGGACACGGGUUCGCGCCCCGGUCCGGGAAGGUCCCACAUGCUGCGGGGUGGCUGGGCCCGUAAGCCAUGGCCGCUGAGCCUGCGCGUCCGGAGCAACGGGAGAGGCCACAACAGUGAGAGGCCCGCAUACUGAAAAAACAAAACAAAACAAAACAAAACAAAAAAACUUGGUCUUCAAGGUAACUAAUAUUUUAAUGCAAUAUCUUAAAGAAUCAAAAUUAAUGAGAAAAAUCUGUUAUGAGCAACAUAUCGCAAUUCUGAAUCAAGGCAGGAGCAGAAACAGUGGUGAGCCAUCUGGAGCCUGAGGCCAGAGACGCUCUGGACGGCUCACCUGUCGGCCUGGUGCCCCUUAAAGUCACAGCCCUGGUAGGCACCUGGUCAGCCUGGUGGACACAGCUGCCUCUGUGUCCCUCCAGGAACCUCCAGGCCCCAGGCCUACAUCCUACCUGGGUCCUCACCCGAGGCUCAGAAAGGGGGUCAGAGGGGGCGGUGGGCCGGGGGUCGGGCAGACAGCGGUAGGAGAGAGGGCCAGAAGCAGGGGGGCAUGAGAGGGUCCCGGGAAGGGGCUGUUGAGUGUCCUGGGGCGGCCAUAACAAAUGACCACACACUGGGGGCUUCAAACGACAGAAAUAGAUUCUCUCACAGUCUGGAGGCUGGAAGUCUAAAACUGAGGUGUCAGCAGGACCGGGCUCCCUCCAAAGGUCUAAGGGAGGACCCUCCCUGCCUCUUCCAGCUCCUGGCGGCCCCAGGUGUUCCUUGGCCCAUGGCCAUAUCAUUGCAACCUCUGCCUCUGUCCCUCCGUCGCCACAUGGCCUUUCCCUCUUCUCUGUGUCUCUCUUCUUAUAAGGAACCAGUCACUGGAUUAGGGCCCAUCCUAAUCUAGUGUGACCUCGUCUUAAGUGUCACAUCGGCAAAGACCCUAUUUCCAAACAAGCUCCCAUUCAAGGUACUGGGAUUAGGACAUGGACAUAUCUUUUGUGGUAAAGGACACAGGGGUAGGACCAUGGGGAUGGCCAGCACCUCUUGAAUCCUUCCUGUAAUAACCCGCAUCAGCAUUUCUGCACGAAAGGCUGCCCCGGAUUCAGCCCACAAACCCACACGCUGGGCACCAAAGUGCAGGGCCCCAGGGACCCCCCUGCCUGCCGGGAUCUCACCCCCCAGCGGGCUCCCCCAGCCCACCCCUUUCUGCUGCACGGGGAUGUGGUCCCGGCCUGGGAUGGAGGCAGGGAAACAGAUGUCUCUUGUUGUAAUCACGCUUCCCCACCCCCACUUCUGUGUGCACAGGAGGGGUGCCAAGGGGAAAUGCUGUCCCCCACCCGAACUUGCCCGCAGAUAGGCCCCAACCUCAGGCGAACCUCUCCCCCACAAGCCCACCCACCACAGCUGUGCUCUGCAAAGUGGGGGUGAGAGGGGUUCCAGCAUUUGCCAAAGAGACCUCAGAGCAGGUGCACCCGCCAAGGGUGCCCGGCCUCCCCAGGAAUGGGAAGAUGCUGCCUGGCGUGCUGAGCCAGCCAGGGGGAGACGCCAUGCUCUGAGGAGGCUGUGGCUUGAAAGAGCUUUGUCCUUAUAUAAAAACGGCUCCCUGGAAAAGAAGAGCUAAUUCCUCUUAGGUGUCUAGUACUCACGUCAUGGGGCAGGGCUGGGCUGCGGGUCUCUGCAGGGGUUUCCAGUCUGCAGCAGGAGGGCCGAGAGCCCACCAGCCCCCCUCCCGCGAAGUUGUUCCAGGCAGGCCGGGGCGGGGGGCAGUGCCAGCCUCUUGAGGUCCCGAGAGACCAGAGUGUCCCAAGGGGACAGAGCCUGCCGUGCCUGGGCACAGGGGAAAACGGUAUCCCCAGAGCUGUGAGCUGGUCCCCGUGGCCCCCUCCAGGCCAGCUCAGCCCAGAGGGGGGCCGGUAAGCUACGGCCAGGGCUUCAGGAGAGGAGGGGCGGCCCAACUCUGAACCGAAAUGAAACGGGAGGGACUGCCCAGGGGACUGGCCAUCUGUCAGCUCCGGGCAGGUGCUGGUCCAGGAGCCCGCCCACCCGCUCCCCAGCCCUCGCUUCAUGGCCUGGGCAGGGGUGGGCACGGAUAGGGCCUUCUGGAAGGUGCCGGCGGAGGGGGUGCUCAGAUAACAUAAGCCAUUUUAAUGUGCACAACUCCGUAGCGUUUAGUGCAUUCACGAUAUUGUGCAGCCGUCACCUCUAUCUAGUUCCAGAACAUUCUCAUGACUUCAAAAUAAACCCUGUACCCGUUAAACAGUAACUCCCCAUUCCCCCAGCCCCACGGCAAAUACCAAUCUGCUUUCUGUCUCUAUGGAUUUGCUUCUCCUGGACAUUUGAUACCAACGGCAUCACAGAAUAUGUGGCCUUUUGUGACUGCCUUUUUUCACUCAUUGUGGGGCUGUCAGGGCUCAUUCGUGUUGGAGAGCGUUGGUGCCUUGCUCCUUUCAUGCGGAUAACAUUCAACUCUAUGGACAGACGUGUUGAGAGAUGUCCCUGCUGCCUGCUGGGGACCAGAGUGCAGUGCAGGUGUGGGUGUGCAGGGGGCGCGGGGCACCCAGCCUCGGCUGGGAAUCUGUAGGGUAACCCUUUUGAAGAGGAACGUGGCAGGACCAUGGAAACUUCCAUCAUUCAUCCUGGUCCUCCCACUCUGGUCUCCCACAGUGUCUCUGAUGACAAAAGCACUGGGACCUGGGACUUCCCUGGUGGUCCAGUGGUUAAGACCCUGCACUCCCACUGCAGGGGGGCGCGGGUUUGAUCCCUGGUCGGGGAACUAAGAUUUCACAUACCGCGUGGCAUGGCCAAAAAGAAAGAAAGAAAGGAAAGCACUGGGACCUGCUCCGGGUCCAGCAGCAGGUGGUCAGUCAAGGAACUUACUAGAACAUCCUCAGCCUGCUGGCCUAACACACAGCUGUCUUACGUCAUGGCAGAGUGCGGCGACACAUGAUAAACUUUUGUGCAGAGAAAGCAGAUCUCAGAGCUAUAGGAGCGCCAUGUAAAAUGACGGGGGCAGAAAUCCCCGCAGGGGACAGCUGGUGACGGAGGGCUGGAAAGAGGCUGCACAGACGUCUGCACCGUCAGGGGCACCACUCUGUAAAAUACUGAGGCCGAGAAAGUGAAUGGACAGUGAGCCGUUCCCCUCCAGGUGGGCCACGGCCGGGGGGGCUCUUGGGGAUGUGUCCCUCUCUGGUCCCCCGUCCUCACCCUGGUGACUGCCCUGUGAGGGUCCUUCCCAGGGACAGAGACCAGCCCCGCCCGGGGUCACACAGCCCUGCUCCCUGUGCCUGCAGGAGUCAUCCUGCCUGACGGAGACCUCCCUCUCCUCCCCUCGCCUUGACAGCCAGCCCUGGCAUGGCUCCCAGCCCACCACAGUGACCCAGGGACAAAGGACAGCUGCCCAGCCUGACUUCUCGUCAGAGGAGGCCCAGUCGUCCAGUCUUCUGCUGCCAUCUCGGACACGCUGGCAACCUGUACCCCCUGGGCCAUCUCCUGGACCGCCGCCCCCUCUCACCCCCACGAGGCCAGCAGGCAGGGUGGGACCUCUUGCGACAGAUAGCAAGUCUACUCACUCGGCAAUGUCAUCACUCUCCCUACCCCCACCCCAGGCUCGGGGAGGCCAGGCGCUGCUAAUGGUCAGUCUGCCCAGCCUGGUGUGGACGUGCCAAGUGCCAACGAGCCCCUGGGGGCGGCCAGUGCCAGGCUGGAGUACCCAGGAGAGGCGGUAGGACAGCUGCAGCCCCAAGAUGUAAACAGGCCGAGCGGCUGCAGGUAUAAAGGCUGGAGCCCCCACAGCCUCUCAGCAGCCCCAGCCUGACCCGCCUUCCCAGAGCCCUCGAAGAAAGCCAGGCGAAGGGCCAGGAUGGACGAGGACUUCUCCUCCCAGAUGAAGAAGAUGGCCUUGGCCAUGGGCACAUCCCUGUCGGACAAGGACAUAGACCUGCUGCCCACCGACAUGAGGCACCAUGGCUCCUUCAACUACAUCAAGUUCUUCGAGUACAUGCAGAAGUUCCCGGCCUCGGGGCAGCAGGAGAGUGUCAUCCGCAAGGCCUUCCAGACCCUGGACAAGGACAAGAGCGGCUUCAUCGAGUGGAAUGAGAUCAAGUACCUCCUGCACAUCAUCCCCAGCAGCGGGCCCACCACCCCACUGACGGACGAGGAGGCUGAGGCCGUGAUCCAAGCAGCCGACACGGAUGGGGACGGGAGGAUUGACUUUGAAGAAUUUUCUGAAUUGAUCAAAAAGGAGAACAUUGCAAAGAAGUAGCACCACGUCCAGCCCCGGCCGGCUGAGCAUCCCCCGAGGGGCACCGUGGGUUUCGCGAGUGCCCCAUGGAGGCCAUGGGAGCGGACGCAGCCUGAGCCAGGAAAAUGGAAGAAAAACAGCAUUAAAUGAACCGCAGCCCAUGUGUUUGUUGGGUGUUGCAGCGUCAGCUGGGGCAGGGGCAGGGUCAUGGGUCUCUGGGCGA